GGGCGGCGAGUCGGUGCAGGAGGGGCCAAGAGCAGCGCGGGAAGGCGGAGUCCGCCGGGAAAACGAAACAGAGAGAAUCGGCCUGGCCUGGACAGCAGCAGCGACAGUGGACGGAGGGCGAGGAGGUUCAGACCGAGCACCUGAAGCACAAUUCAAGUCCUGCGCCAGGGCGUGAGCCACUGUCCGGAUCCAGAAACUCGGCCACUGGGAGGAAACAUGGCCAAUGAUACACCAGGUUUCUACAUGGACAAACUUAAUAAAUACCGCCAGAAGCAUGGAGUAAACAUUACGUAUAAAGAACUUAGUACUACAGGACCUCCACAUGACAGAAGGUUUACAUUUCAAGUUAUAAUAGAUGGGAAGGAAUUUCCAGAAGCCGAAGGGAGAUCAAAGCAGGAGGCAAAAAAUGCUGCUGCUAAAUUAGCGGUUGACAUGCUUGAGAACAAGGUGGAUAGUCACACGGAUGCUUCUGAAGAAGGGAACUACAUAGGCCUUGUCAAUAGUUUCAGGCAGAAGGAAAAGCUGCCUGUAGAUUAUGAACAGUGUGACCCUGACCCUCAGUUUCCUCAAAGAUUUACUUUUAAAUGCAAAAUUGGUCAGAUCGUGUAUGGUACUGGUUCAGGUGCUACCAAACAGGAGGCGAAGCAGUUGGCUGCCAAAGAAGCAUAUCAUAAGCUGGUAGAGAAAGGCCCAAUGAAAAACGUCCGGGCAUCCUUUAGCUCUGUCAUGUCUUCAUCCAGUGACACUUUCAGCAGUUCGUCUAUGACAAGUGACAGUGCUUCCCAGUCUGCACCAGGAAGUUUUUUCUCAGAGAACUCAUUUACGAAUGGUCUCAGAGAAAGUAAAAGGAAAUCAGAAGUAAAAGUGCCACCUAAUGAUGUGCUAAAAAAUAAAUAUACCUUGGACGCCAGGUUUAACAACGAUUUUGAAGACAUAGAAGAAAUUGGCUCAGGUGGAUUUGGCCAAGUUUUCAAAGCAAAACACAAAAUUGAUGGAAAGAUGUAUGCUAUUAAGCGUGUUAAAUAUAACACCGAGAAGGCAAAGCGUGAAGUACAAGCGCUGGCAGAACUCAACCACGUCAACAUUGUUCAAUACCGUAUUUGUUGGGAGGGAGAGGACUAUGAUUAUGAUCCCGAAGAGAGCAUGAGAGAUACAAAUCGAUACAAGACCCGGUGCCUCUUUAUUCAAAUGGAAUUCUGUGAUAAAGGAACUCUGGAGCAAUGGAUAGAAAACAGAAAUCAGAGUAAAGUGGACAAAGCUUUGAUUUUGGACUUAUAUGAACAAAUAGUGACAGGAGUGGAUUAUAUACAUUCGAAAGGUUUAAUUCAUAGAGAUCUUAAGCCAGGUAAUAUAUUUUUAGUAGAUGAAAAACACAUUAAGAUUGGAGACUUUGGCCUUGCAACAGCCCUGGAAAAUGAUGGAAAACUGCGAACAAAGAGUACAGGAACUGUUCUAUACAUGAGUCCAGAACAGUCAUCUUUAGAUACAUACGGAAAAGAAGUGGACAUCUUUGCUUUGGGCCUUAUUCUAGCUGAACUUCUUCACAUGUGCUUCUCUGUUUCAGAGAAAAUAAAGUUUUUCGCAAGUCUAAGAAAAGGCAACUUUUCCAAUGAUAUAUUUGACAACAGAGAAAAAAGCCUCCUGCAGAAAUUACUCUCAAAGAAACCCAUGGACCGACCUGAGACGGCUGAAAUCCUGAAGACCUUGGCUGAAUGGAAGAACAUCUCGGAGAAAAAAAAAAGGAACACAUGCUAGGGCCUUUUUGAAAACACAUUCCUCUGAUAUGGUUUUUCCUUAACUGUCUCCAGUCUGAGAUGGAAUAUCAGUGAAUAUUGUACUUCUUCCCUCAAGUCAAUAACACUCUCCCAGACAGGUUUUGGUUAGGGUGACAUUGUAUUUAUUGGCUAUGAAAAAGUAUGCCCGUGGCCACCUCCGCCGCGUCCUCUCGGGCUCCUGGGCUGUGUGGGGCCACAGCCGCCGGUCGAAGGCUCCCUUGUGUACCCCAUCUACGCCCGGCCCGCUGGCUUGGCCCCAGAUCCGGCUCCUCAGACUGCCUUCGGCCUCCCUCUCCCCCAAGCCCACGGACAUAGCCCCAGCUCCAAUAAUUAACACGGAAGCUCCUGGGGCCGGGGCUGUGAGGGAGAGGCGGCCGGUCCCGCGUCCCUGUCCGCCCGGCGCGGCUCUUCUGCAGGGGCCAUGAUCUCGCUGACCGACCCAGCUGAGCUCAGGCCUGGUGCAGCCACGCACCUAGGCCUCACGGAACGCCGCGGGCGGCGGGUGGCGGCGGCGAGGACGAGGCACAGAGCCGCCGCGACGACCAGGACGACGACGACAAGGGCGACUCCAAGGAA